AUGGUGACUUUACGCCCGCUGGGCCUGCUCCUCGUCUCUGGCAUCGCAUAUGCAACUGCUCAAGAUGCCUCGUUAUUAUCUAAUGGCUCGGAGGCGAUGCUUUGGGGCCCCUACCGCCCGAAUCUGUACUUCGGCAUACGACCGCGACUCCCGCAGUCGCUGAUGACGGGUCUCGUAUGGUUUGGAGUGCACGACUACAUGUCUGUCAGCCAGGCUCGUCACUCUUGUGAACAGGGUGAUCAACUGGACGGGUACACCUGGACGGAGUACGACUCGCGCCGCGGCGGUGUGCAGGUGAUCAAGGACGGAAAGAACAAUGUGAAGAUUACGACGGAGUACUUGAAAGUACCUGGGGGUGAGCACGGGGGCAGCUGGGCAGCGCGGAUCAAGGGAGAGCCCUUGAACGAAGGGCGACCAAGCAUGAUUUCCACUAUAUUCUAUGCCGGAAUAGAAGGGUUUGGAGGCUUAGACAUGGAGACCGACGAGUCUGAAAAUGACUAUGAAAGCGAUCUCGUUUUUGCGGGAUCCUCCACCGAGCUCGACGAAUUUACCUUGCGCGUAGUCGACAACGACUCGAACAAUCAUAUCACGAACGGGCCACACAGCGCGUCCUUCGCUAACCGCGCGGGGAAGACCCACGUGUCGGGAUACCGCAUUCCCUCCGGCGACGUGUGGACAGCCAAAGAUUAUAUCAUGCAAGACAUUAUCACGCACGCCCAGCCCAUUCUCGACCGAUACAAGUCCUCCGCCCAGACGACCGGCUAUCCAGCUCCCGCAUUCCUCCUUCAACUCUCCGACGAGGUCCUCACUAGUUCAAACGUGUACGCGGUGCAGAAGACCUUCGAAGGGCCGUUUGAGUUCGACGUCUUCUUCGAGAGCAAGAGCGCGGGAAGUCAGGGCAAACUGAGUGGAGCUACCCUCGACGCGGGUAUCGCCUCGCUGACAGCAUCCGUCGAAGCCCACUUCGAGGCCACAUUCCCCAUCGACCCGGCAACCCUGCCUGCGGACGCGGAUAUCGACGGUCUGAAAACGUUCUCGAAGGAAAUCACUGCGAAUCUUCUUGGCGGUGUUGGUUACUUCUACGGCACUUCAAUCGUAGACAAGGGCUUCGCGUACGAGUGGGACGAAGACGACGAGCCGGAGCUCACCAUCAGCGACGAUGAUGACGAGGACGAGAAUAGCGGACGGCGCAAGGAGAAGAAGGGAGGCGCGCGGCUCACUGAACCCCGGGCGCUGCUGACGGCAACGCCGAGCAGGAGUUUCUUCCCGCGUGGCUUCUACUGGGACGAAGGCUUCCACCUUCUGCAUAUCGGCCCUUACGAUACUGACUUCAGCUUGGAGAUUCUCAAGGACUGGAUUGGCCUUAUCGACGAGAACGGCUGGGUUGCGCGCGAGCAGAUCCUUGGUGAGGAAGCCCGCAGCAAGGUCCCCGCGGAGUUCCAGACGCAGGUGCCUACGUACGCUAACCCGCCGACGCUCACGAUGGCUGUCACCGCGUUUAUUGAACGCCUUAAGGCAGCCGGCGCCGCUGGGCCCUCAGACGCAGAGCUCGGCAUGGACUUUGGUGGCCCCGCGGCACAGACGCCUCUUCGUGCCUCAGCGGCCGAGCUCGCAUCCUCACGCUACCUGGCGCAACCCGAGCUCGCCUUGGACUUCCUCCGUGGCAUCUACGCGCCGCUGAAGCGUCACUACGAGUGGUUCCGCCGGACGCAGCGCGGGCAGAUCAAGCAGUACGCGCGCAAGGCCCGGUCGCGUACGGAAAGCUACCGGUGGCGAGGGCGCUCGGCGUCGCACGUGUUGACGAGCGGGAUGGACGACUACCCGCGCGGGCCGCCGCAUGCGGGUGAGCUACACCUCGACCUCAUCAGCUGGAUGGCGUUCUUCUCUGGUACGAUGCACGACAUCGCCGCGUUUGUUGGUGAGACAGACGACGCGGCGAGUUACGCGGAGAUCCGGCAGGCGAUCGUGGACAACAUCGACGAUCUGCAUUGGAACGAGGAGGAGCAGAUGUACUGCGACGCCGGCGUGAAUGAUGAUGACGAGUCAUAUCACGUUUGCCAUCGGGGAUACCUCUCGCUCUUCCCGCUCUUGCUCGAGAUCCUUGAUCCGGCCUCCCCGCAUCUCGGCGCGCUCCUUGACUUGCUCCGUGAUCCGGAGCACCUCUGGUCGCCGUAUGGUCUCCGCAGUUUGUCUGCGUCUCAUCCGGAGUUCGGCCAGGGAGAGAACUACUGGAAGGGCCCGAUAUGGAUCCAGAUGAACUACCUCGCGCUCCGCGCGCUGCACAAGACAUAUGCGGCUCAUGAGGGUCCGCAUCAAGCGCGGGCAAAGGAGAUUUACCAGGAACUGAGGCUCAAUGUAAUCAAUAAUGAGUACAAGCGAACAGGCUACGUUUGGGAACAGUACGACGCUCUCACCGGAGAGGGUCGCCGGAGCCAUCCGUUCACCGGUUGGACGUCGCUCUUGACGUUGAGUAAGUCAUAUGCCGCUCGCCAUGUUCCGCGCGCCUCUGACGAGUGUUCAACGCAGUUCUUGCCGAAAAGUAUUAGGAGUAGACUAUUUUACUCCAGGCUAUUACUAUAUAUUCGCUAUCCGCGUGGUGUCUACGCGCACAGAUGGUUCCUAUGCACGUGA